GCUGCUGUGGCAUGUCCUGCACAACCACAGGCACCAGAGCAUGCACAGCGGUGGUGUCCAUUCACGCACCCACCGUACGCUCACAGCGGUGCCCGUUUACUCAUCAGCAGCGGAAAACUCGAGCGUUGGAUGAGGGAAAUUCGUCCUCCAGAUGUUGCCGCCACGGCCGCUGCUCCAAGUGCCCGUGACUUUGUGGUGGAAGACUUGAAGGACAAGCUACGGGCAGCCGCAGUUCGUGAACGCGAACUGCACCAGCACCUUCUCCACCACAUGGAAGAGAAGGAUUUGCUGGUAAACCAUGUUGCAGAGCUGCAACGGGUGUGCGAGGCGCUACUGCUGUCUCAAAUGCAGGGAACCGGCGGUCCCGCAGCCGCAGCUGCAACUACCGCGGCGGCUGCUGCCUUGUCCCACACCGCCGCCCUCAACGCAAACGAAAAAAGAAACAACGGCGCCAAAGUUAUCGCGUCGGACGCCGCCGGAGACAUCGCCGCUGAACCCACGAAGCAGCCGGAUCGUCAGGUAUGGCCGGGCGCCGACAUGAGUCGGCACGCCGCCCAACAACAAUGCUUGACCUCGAGUUCGCUCAAGGCCAUCACGGGGACGGUCGCUUCAGCACCGGCCGCCGCCGUUGCCGCCUACCCCGGACGGCUACUGGAGCAGGACGCCGCCUCAGCAACAGCGACAGCAGGAAAUAACCCCCCUCCAUCAGGCACGCUGAAAGCAAUCGUUGACGUCCGCGGGGCGGGCAGAAGUAAUGCAUCGAGUGUUGUUGAAAUUCACGACGGCGGCCGCAAGGAGGAGGAAAGGUCGAGUAGUGCCCCGGUCCCACUAAAUUCGGCGGUAGCUAGACAUAUGAGGCCAGCGGGAUCUGGCCCGGCGAUCGACAUCCCCCAGCUUCUUCUGGAAAGGGGUGGACGCAUAAGGAUAACGGCACUGUGGGAGGCGUACCAGGCGCGCUUCGGGGAAACCCGGUACACCCUGAAAGAUUUGUUCGCAAUGGUGAAAGCUGGAGAGAUUCCGUUCGUUGUGCACGAGCCCCCUGCUGGUAUCCGUCUCCUCCCGUCAGCCCCAGUGUACCAGCAGCGGCAGCUACGGCAGGAGCAGCUACGGCAGCAGCUUCUGCAACAGCAGCAGCUACAGCAGCAGCAGCUUCAGCGACAGCAGCUACAGCAACAGCAGCUUCGACAAUUUCAGCAACAUCAAAGACAGGCAGCAGCACAAGCGGCGUUUAUUCAGGCAUAUCGCACGCAGGAGGCAGCUUCAGCCUCGCCAGCGAUGAGUGCCACUGGCAACACGGGUGCUGAUAUUGGCACCACUGGUGUUGCACCACCGCACCAGCAACGGCAGCAACCCCAGCAGAGCCAAGCGUUUGUUCAGCCACCGGCGAUAGGGUAUCCGUCGCUUGAAACGGACCAGCACAUGUCUCUCGAUGACACUACCACAGGUUGUGUUCCUGGGACAACCGCUAGCGAUGACAAUAAAGAUGAUGCGGCCGAGACUGCGGGGGACAGCGAUGGCUGGGCAGAAGAGAAGCAAGAAGACGACAGCGAACAUCAGCUAAGAUUCGGCAUCUCGGCGGCACCGUCACAGGCGGCAGGCCGCGCUUCGGAUGCUGGUGUUGGCGGCGUCACCAGUAGGCCCCACGCCGUGGCGCCGCAGAAGCGUGGGGUCGAUUGGAAGGAACUGAAGGGUAAUGUGAACUUGUUGCUGAAGGAGGAGGGCGAACUGACGGGUCGGGACCUGAACCACGCCUUUCAGCAACGGUUUGGCAAGGCGCGACAGUAG